AUGCCGUGGCCGUGGGUGAUCCUGGCCCGUGUCCCCCGCGUUGUCGCAGGCGAAGCGCCGGCUGACGGAGAGGGUGAGACGGAGGUCGAGGCCGACGUGCAGGCGGAGGGGGUUGACGAGGCGGAGGCGGAGCUCGACGCCGACGCGGAAGCGGAGGUCGAGGAAGACGCGCAGGCGGAGGGGAUUGACGAGGCGGAGGCCGCGGCGCACGACUCGGAAGCGGAGGUCGAGGAAGACGCGCAGGCGGAGGAGGUUGACAAGGCGGAGCUUGACGCCGGAAUGGAGGUCGAGGCCGACGCGGCGGACGCGCAGGCGGAGGGGGUUGACGAUGACGAGGCGGAGCUUGACUCGGAAGAGGAGGUCGAGGAAGACGAGGCGGGCGUGGAGCACAGGGCUGACUUCUCCAUCCCGGUCGCGCUGCCGCCGCGGAUCACCGUCAUGACCGCGGCCCCGACCGCCCAUCCCGUCCGCGACUCUCCCGACAUGUACCCCUACGUACUCGGCGUCGGCUCCGGUUGCAUCCUCUUCAACUUCGGCGUCGAGCCCUUCUACGGCGUGUGCUUCGCUGACCGCCCCUACAAGAGCAACCUCAUCAUGGUGCGCCACUUCGACUGCUCUGGCGUCGAGCAGGGCCACCCGGCCACGGCCACCGCCGAGCGCAUCCCCCCUCGCCACGGCAAAUAUGCCGCCGUCGCCAACAUCGAGAGCAUCGGGUUCGUCUCCAUCGGCCACGGCAAAGCCUACGUCAUUGCCGAGCUCAUGGUUCACAAGGGCCGCAGGCGCGCCAUGCUCGUCUACUUUCAUGCAGGCUCCAACAAGUGGCACCAGGAGACCACGCAAAACCCCUUGCCGAACGACACGAGCCGCGACGGCGAGUGGGUCCCCUCCGGUGUGAUCUCCUACAAGAAGAUCCUCUGGUGGUUCGACCUCUCGUGGGGAAUCAUCAGCUUCGACCCCUUCCAUGACCUCGAAGAGCCUCCGCUGCGCUUUCACCGCCUCCCCGAAGGCCGCGCUCUCGACAAGGCCCCGCCGAACAUCCACGACCGCCGAUGCAUCACCGAGAGCCAAGGCGGCCUGCGGUACGUGGAGAUCAUCAUCCCUGAGGGCGAAGCAGCAACGGUGUCCAUGUGGUCAUGGAUCCUCGCUGCCGACGGCAACGAUGAGACCAUUGCGUGGGAAAUGAAGUACGCAAUGAGCUUCGCAGAGAUUUGGGAGGACGACAGCUACAAGGCGACCCGGCUGCCGCGCAAGGUUCCCGUGCUCGUGGUCGUGUGUCCGUCGGACGGCAAUCUAGUUUACUUCGCCCUGGAGGAUGAGGAGCGCCUCUUCAGCGUCAACGUGCCCGAGCGCAGAGUCGUGGAGUUCAUCGAAGAUUCCUACGAGCUGGUGACGCCGUGGCCAGCGGCUCCCUCGUGCCGCUACGUCCUCCCUUGGUUUCUGCCGCUCAAGAUUGCCCAAGCUGUUGGCAUGGAUCCUUUUGCCGGCUCCGACGCUGAGCAGCUGCAAGCGGAAUACGACAGGCUGCGAGAAAAGUUAAUACUCCAAGGCGAAGUAGAAACAUACGGGGAGGAGGAGGAAGUGGAAGUCGACUGGGACCUGCUGGGACCUGUCGUCCUGGAGGACUUGCCGGAAAUAACAGACAGCGAGCUGCCGGUAGAUGAAUCCAGCGAGGAGGAGACGACGCUUAGCGUGGCCAUGGAUCCUGAGACCCUAGACAGGCUGAAGGCUGAAGUGAAGAAGUUCGCCAAGGACCACGAGGGGCCACAGAGUCAGGACCCAGGCCCAGGAGAUGAUGCAGGAGAGCAGGAGAGGGCGCCUUUUGAGUUUUGCUUUUGA